GACUUGUGGGUGAAUGAGCAGAUGUGGUGCAUGGCCUGUGUGUGUAUAUAUCUCCAUUUGCAGGCAGGAUUCGGUGCAUGCUUGUAAUGGGAAGUUGCCAGUAAAUGAAACAAAUAAUUUUUUAUUUUAAUGACUUUCCUGGGUCGGUUCUACAUGUUUGUGCUAAAAAACCUCAUCCAGAGCACCAACACAUCUCAUUCAAUAACACUUACAACACUCCAUCACAUCCAUCAAGGCUCGACCAGGUCACUAAAUGGUUAACACGGAUCCAAACGCAGCUCACACCACCCAGAACAUGUCACUGAAUGGCUGCGGUGGAACGUGAGAACCAGAACCAGCAACCUAUGGAACCGUUGAAAACAAAAAUAAGAAGAACCAAACAACAAGCAUGGGCGGUUGGUUACGGUGCGAGCAGCGGAGCACCGCUAAAGGCCCAGUUGUGGUUCUACAGCAGUGGACUCCAUAUGGAGCCACAUAUGCUUUUUCAGCUGCGAGGAAUCAGAUGGAGAGAACUCCAUCUUAACUUAACGAAAGGUCAUUAUAGCAGCCUUCGGACAUGUAUAGGUGGUGUGUUUUAAUAGAGCUAUUUAUUAUUACAUGUUCUCGUGCUUUUUAAAAAAACAAUAAUAAAAAGUGGGAGUUGUUACAGCAGUACAUUCAGCCCAUUUCUACAAAGAAAAGGUGUGUUCUUGCAUUUAUGUUUUUUUUCUAUUUGCCAAGGAGACUUAAAGCACCCCCCAGUAUUUUAGAAGACAUUGGGGGUCAAUAAAAUGAUUUAAUAUUCCAACGUCAUAGGAUGCUUUAUAGGAGUGAAGAUGCCUGGAAAUCAGUUUACACUUUUACUGGCGUGCGUGUAAUAGUGCAAUUGUAGAUAUCAUGGUGGUUAAUUGAUAUUUAAUAACACGGCUCUAUAUGCUGAUAGAUGAGCGUGAUUGUUUUUUAAAUAUUAUUCAGAAAUGUAAAAUACACAGAGCUACAGCAUUAUAUUUAGGCUUUAAAAAAAUAAAUGAAAAACAGUAACCAAUUUCUUAUUUAAACUAAUUUAAACAAACAAAACAUGUCCUCUCCUCUCUCUUGUCGUGAUCCCUCCGGUUGUAUAUAUCCCCCCUCUAAAAAAAAAAAAUCCUCUCCUAAAAGUAGGCGGUAAUUAUUAGUGGAAAAAAUGGCGUUGCGCUAUUAAGUCGCCAGAGCGCUACCUGCUAUUGGAGGGGCACCUGGGAUUGAUGAGGCGCGGCGGCCAAUGAGACCGCGAGGAGCGAAUGAACGGGCUCCAGUUUAAAGGGGGCGGAAGAGGAGGUAGAGUCAGUCCACGGAGAAACAGGGACCCUCCGCGAUAAACGCAGACGAGCCCGGAGAAAUAAAUUCCAUGCCCCCUCACGAUCGGUACGGCGUUUUUACACUGAGAUGUUCCAGCUAUACUCUCGCUCUGUGCGCGCAGAGGACACCCAGUAAGAUAAUUAUUUCAUUCUUCGAGUGCAUAUUUUUGGGGGGGAUUUUUUUUUCUUUGGGGGGGGUGGGUGGUUGUUGAACGCAGCCCAACUGUCGCAGUCAAGAGAAGAGGACACGGGGAAACUCCUCACUCCGUUUGGAUUUUUUUUGAGGCACAACUUCACUAAGAAGUAGAUCCGAUAAGCCGAGCUGAUUUCUUUUUUUUUCUUUCCCCUUCUCCUCGUGAGUGGAGCAGCAGUUGUUUAAAUUUGAUAUGGUGUUUCCAAGGUUUGGAAGUUGAAUCGUUGCUCACCAGCAUUUGAUUUUGUUCUUUAACUUAUUGGCCGUACAGCCCUGAUCUGAUUCAAACAAACAAACAACAACAAAACCCCUGCUGCAAUCAUGUUACUGGAUGCUGGUCACCAGUUCCCCGGACUGGGAGUGGGGUCGUUUGCCAGGCAUCACUCGGCGAGCGAGAUGCAGGAGAGAGACUUGAGUUUGGCACAGAACAGCUUCGUGGACUCCGCGCACAUGGGCGCGUUUAAGCUCAACCACGACCUCUCUCCGGGACAGAGCUCUGCCUUCACCAGCCAGGCGCCGGGCUACCCCGCCGCGGCUCUGGGGGCUCAUGCCGCCCAUGUCACGUCGUACGCGAGCUCGCCUUUUAACUCCACCAGGGACUUUCUCUUUCGCAGCCGCGGCUUCGGAGAGUCCUCUCCGGCGAGCAGCCAGCAUGCUAUUUUUGGCCCCGCGACGGGGUCCCUGCAUCACUCCCAUACAGACUCUCAAGGCCACAUUCUGUUCCCGGGGAUCCACGACCAGCACGGGUCCCACGGCUCCCCGAACGUCCUCAACGGGCAAAUGAGACUCGGACUACCCGGGGAGGUUUUCGGACGCUCCGAGCAGUACCACCAGGUCUCCAGCCCGAGGACCGACCCGUACUCAGCGGCGCAGCUGCACAACCAGUACGGCUCCAUGAAUAUGAACAUGGGGAUGAACAUGGCAGCCCACCACCACCCCGGUGCCUUCUUCCGCUACAUGCGGCAGCAGUGCAUCAAGCAGGAGCUCAUCUGCAAGUGGAUCGACCCCGAGCAGCUCAGCAACCCGAAGAAGAGCUGCAGCAAAACUUUCAGCACCAUGCACGAGCUGGUCACGCACGUCUCGGUGGAGCACGUUGGUGGCCCGGAGCAGACCAACCACAUCUGCUUCUGGGAGGACUGUGUCCGGGAGAGCAAGCCGUUCAAGGCGAAAUACAAACUAGUGAACCACAUUCGGGUGCACACCGGGGAGAAGCCGUUCCCGUGCCCGUUCCCCGGCUGCGGGAAGGUGUUCGCGCGGUCGGAAAACUUGAAGAUACACAAGAGAACGCACACAGGAGAGAAGCCCUUCCAGUGUGAGUUUGAAGGCUGCGACAGAAGGUUUGCAAACAGCAGCGACCGAAAAAAACACAUGCACGUUCACACGUCGGACAAGCCUUACCUCUGCAAAAUGUGCGACAAGUCCUACACACACCCCAGCUCUCUACGAAAACACAUGAAGGUCCACGAAGCCUCCCCACCACCACCACCAUCAGACUCCUCACCAGCAGCCAGCUCCGGCUACGAGUCCUCCACACCUCCAGGCCUGGUGUCUCCCACCGCCGAGACACACAGCAACACCAACCUGUCCCCAGCCUCGGUGGUGCACAACACCACCAGCCACAGUGGCCUAUCCUCCAAUUUCAGUGAAUGGUAUGUGUAGGACUGAGCUGAAACGAAGCGACACACAGUCACUUCACAGCACUGGACCAUUCAGCAGGAGAUUUGGGACACGUGCACGCGAGGGGCACACAAAACAUUUUGUUUAUUUUAAUAUUUUUUUUUCCACCAGGGAAGAUGAGGAUUAUCAACAGAGGAAAAUAUGUAUAAUAGUCGAGGUGUAUUUCAUAUUGUAAAUAAUUACUAAAAGCCCACUUUCCCCAUCGGUUGUGAUAGUUUGUCAGUCUUUGGUGUAUAGAUGUUCCUUCCAUGGUAGCUAUUUCUCUAACUGGACUUUUAGUGCACAUAUUACAAUAAACAAUUGUACUAUAAUGUUAAAUAUUGUGAUCCUGAGGCAAAUUGAUUGUACUAUACUAAACAUCUAUAAACUGGAACGAGUGCCAAAGUUAACAUUUAACUCCAACAGACCACAAUAUUACGCUUGUGAAUGUAUAUUUUUUAGUUUUGCUGGGCUUUAACUUGUGAUGUUUUGUGCUUUGCAAGUUUGAAUUGUGAAAUACUAUCUGGGGGAUUGUGAGGAAAAUAAACGUUGUGCCGUUCAAUUUUCUGUAACUACACACCCUUCUUUUUGUAAAUAUCAACUGCCAUAUUUAUCCAUUUGUAAUUAAAUUAUGGUAUUUACUUGCUACAGAUGAAACAGUAUUUAUAAAAGAAUGUUUCUUUACUAUAAAUAUGUACAAUUGCGAGCUAAACAUGGGCAGUUGUUUCGUUAUGUGCUUUUGUUCAAAGUUUUAAGAGGUGUUUCCUUCCUUAUUGUGAUAAGAAUUUUACUGCAUACAAAUAUAAUAAAAGGUGUUGCAAGUGCUAAA